AUGAGUCUUUUAUUUUUAGAUAUGUUUGGAAUAGGCAUAGGUUUGCGUUAUAUGAAUAAACAUGAAUAUUAAACUUGCUUUGGUGUUGGAGUAACUAUUAUUAUAGGCUGCAUUUUAGCUAUUUAAAUAUUCUUAAUAGGAUAAGAGGUUAUUUUUAAAACGAAUCCUGAAGUUGUUUAUGCUGAACGAUUUGUUGCUAGUCCUGCUAGGUUUAACAUUACAAGGAAAACACUUAAUUUUGCUUUCGGGGCUUAGUUUCCUGGUAAUUUUUCAUAGUUCAUAGAUGAAACUAUUUAUACUGUUGAUGCUAAUCAAGUUACUAUGGAGAAAAAAUAUAAUUAAUCUAGUGGGGAAUAUUAUUAAGAGUGGAAAACUCUUCCUAUAGGAAUUCAUCCUUGCACUUCAAAUGAUUUUGAAAUAUAAGAUUCGAUUGAUUAUUUUAAUAAAUUGGCCGGAGUCUCGAAUAUGUAUUGCCUUGAUUAUGAUAGUUAAAAUUUAUUUAUUGAAGGGAAUUUUGAUUAAGACUAAUUUGGCAUUAUAUAAAUUAAUUUUAAGAUGUGUUAAGGAAAACCUUAUUGCAGAAAUACUGAUGAAAUAUAAUAAGCACUAACAAAUUCUUAUAUCGCUCUUUACACAAAUGAUCUUAUUGUAAAUCCUAAAAAUAUAAACCCAUUUUCUAUAAUAUCAAGAGACAUGUAUUGGAGUACUAAUCCUAUUUAUCCAAAAGAUACGUCUCUCUAUUUCAGAAAUAUCUAUUUUGAAACUGAUAAUGGCUUAAUUUUUUAAGAUAUUGAAGUUUAGAAACAAACUUAGCUUAGCUAUACUUAUGAACAAGUAAUUUUUGGAGAAACUGAUUAUUUUUUUUCUAUGACUUUAAGAUUUGAAAAAGCAAAGGAGUCAAUUUAUCACCGCAAGUACAAAAAGCUAGAAAGUAUUCUUGCUGAGAUUGGAGGUAUCGCUAAAGCAUUGGCUAUGAUUGGAUUUAUUAUUUGUGUUCCUAUAAAUCAAUUAAAACUUUACAAUAAGCUUUCUAAUUCUGUUUUUAAAUACUCCAAAAAUACUCAUCAAAAACAUGAAGAAAAUUAAAGUCCUAACUAAAAAUUAGAUGGUCAAACUAUUAUUUAAAUUAUGUAAGCAAAAAAUGAGCAGAACAACAAAUACAAAUUGGUUGAUCUUAAAAAUUAAAGUGUUGAUUAGAUUUAAACUUAAAAAUAAUUAGAUGAUUUAAAUUAGACCUUAAAUAAUUAAACUUUAACUAAUAUACCAUAAAGUAUUGGAUAGAUUUGUAAAAACUAAAUUUUAUCGCAAAAUAAUAUUAAAGGACUGCAAACGGAAACAAAAGUUAGAUCAGAAGUACUUUUUAAACCAAUUAAUCAGUCAAACAUAAAAUCUAAUGUAAUAAGUGGAAGAUAAUUUAAAGUAGAACCAUUAGAUAUUACUCAUUUGUAACAUAAAAAAAAUCAAUUUCAAGAUGUAAGUGAGUUUAAUUUGGUUAAAAUUUCUAAAUAAGCUAAUAAAGCAAAUUAAAAUAAUUAAAAGAGACUUUAAAAUGAGAAAGAGCUUUAAAUAAUAAAGGAUUAAUGUAGCUUAAAGGAUACUGAAAUACAUAAAAUAGAUGAUGAAUUUAAAGAAUUAUUUACUUUAGACAAUCCUUAAAGUCAAAAUGAUGAGAAAUUAUAACUAAAAUGGUCUGAUUAUUUAAGGUAUUAUCUUUGGCCAUUUGGGAGUUUUGCUAAAAAGAAAAAGUAAAUUGAUUACUCUGUAGAGAAGAUUUACUAGCAUCUGGAUAUAAUUUAUAUAGUUAAGAAAUUAUUAGAGUUUGAAAAGGUUAAAUAGGUUUUGCUGAAUGAUGAUUAAAGAAAGCUCAUUUAAUUCUUCCCAAAACCACUUAUUGAUGUAGAAGACAUUUCAUAAGAAAAAGAAUAGGAAAAGAAAAUACGUCAAUCUCAAAAAUAAUUGUAAAAACUUAAAUAAAAGAAAUAAAAAAUAAAUUUACUUAAUGACCUUCAAAUAGAUGAAAAGUAAAGAGCUUAAGAAGCUGUUCAAUCACUUUAAAAUAUAAUAAAGCAAUAAUAUUUAUCUGAAGUUGAUAAGAAAAUCAUAGAAAUGCUUGAUGAUUCAAUUUUUUAAAAUAUUUGUGGUAAUUAUGAAUGGUUUAAGCAGCAAUAGAAUCCAUAAGAAAUGAAAUUAAUCAAAUAGAUAGAUUAAGAUAACACCUAGACAUUAAGUAAUUAAAAUAUUAAUAAACUAGAUAGUAAUGACUCUUAAGUCUAAAAAAUUUAAAAUGAAUAAAAAGAUUUUCAAAGUUAUUUAAGUAAGUCUCAAGAUACUUCUUUUGAUAAAUAAAUGCCAAGCGAGGGAAGAAAAUCAUAAGAGUUUACAAGUUUACCUCAAAUAAAAAUGUAAGUAAUGAACAAAGGUUUCCUAAUUCUUUAUAGCUAGUUAAUUAUCAUGAGUCUUUUAUUUUUAGAUAUGUUUGGAAUAGGUAUAGGUUUGCGUUAUAUCAAUAAAAAUUAAUAUCAAACUUGUUUUGGUGUAGGAGUAACUAUUAUUAUAGGCUGCAUUUUAGCUGUUUAAAUAUUCCUAAUAGGAUAAGAGGUUAUUUUUAAAACGAAUCCUGAAGUUAUUUAUGCUGAAAGAUUUGUAGCUAGCCCUGCUAGAUUUAACAUAACAAGGAAAACACUUAAUUUAGCUUUUGGGGCUUAGUUUCCUGGUAAUUUUUCAUAGUUCAUUGACGAAUCUAUUUAUACUGUUAACGCUAAUCAAAUUAAUAUGUAGAAAAAAUAUAAUUAAUCUAGUGGAGAGUAUUAUUAAGAGUGGAACACUCUUCCUAUAGGAAUUCAUCCUUGCACUUCAAAUGAUUUUGAAGAAUAAGAUUCUAUUGAUUAUUUUAAUAAAUUGGUUGGAGUAUAAAAUAUGUAUUGUCUAGAUUAUGAAAGUUAAAAUUUAUUUAUUGAAGGAAAUUUUGAUUAAGACUAAUUUGGUUAUAUCUAAAUUAAAUUUAAGAUAUGUUAAGGAAAACCUUAUUGCAAAAAUACUGAUGAAAUAUAAAAAGCACUUAUAAAUUCUUAUAUCGCUCUUUACACAAAUGAUGUUAUUGUAAAUCCUAAAAAUGUAAACCCAUUUUCUAUCAUAUCAAGAGACAUGUAUUGGAGUACUAAUCCAAUUUAUCCAAAAGAUACGUCUCUAUAUUACAGAAAUAUCUAUUUUGAAACUGAUAAUGGCUUAAUUUUUUAAGAUAUUGAAGUUUAGAAACAAACUUAGCUUAGCUAUACUUAUGAACAAGUAAUUUUUGGAGAAACUGAUUAUUUUUUUUCUAUGAUUCUAAGAUUUGAAAAAGCAAAGGAGUCAAUAUAUCACCGCUAGUAUAAAAAGAUAUAAAGCAUUCUUGCUGAGAUUGGAGGUAUCGCUAAAGCAUUAGCUAUGAUUGGAUUCAUUAUUUGCGUUCCAAUAAAUCAAUUAAAACUUUACAAUAAACUUUCUAAUUCUGUUUUUAAAUACUCCAAUAAUACUCAUCAAAAACAUGAAGAAAAUUAAUUUCCUAACUAAAAAGUAGAUGGCCAAACUAUUAUCUAAAUUAUGUAAGCAAAAAAUGAGCAGAGCUACAAAUAUAAAUUGGCUGAUCUUAAAAAUUAAAGCAUUGAUUAGAUUUAAACAUAAAAAUAAAUAGAAGAUUUAAAUUAGACCUUAAAUAAUUAAACAUUAACUAAUAUACCAUAAAGUAUUGGCUAGAUUUGUAAAAACUAAAUUUUAUCGCAAAAAAAUAUUAAAGGACUGCAAACGGAAACAAAAGUUAGAUCAGAAAUACAUUUUAAGCCAAUUAAUCAGUAAAACAUAAAAUCUAAUAUAAUAAGUGGAAGAUAAUUUAAAGUAGAACCUUUAGAUAAUAGUCAUUUGUAACAUAAUAAAAGUCAAUUUCAAGAUGUAAGCGAUUUUAAUUUGUUUAAAAUUUCUAAAUAAACUAAUAAAGUAAAUCUAAAUUUAACUCAAAAUAAUUAAAAGAGAUUUUAAAAUGAAAAAGACCUUUAAAUAAGUAAGGAUUAAUUUAGCUUAAAGAAUAUUGAAACACAUAAAAUAGAUGAGGAAUUUAAAGAAUUAUUUACUUUAGACAAUUCUUAAAAAUAAAAUGAUGAAAAAUUAUAACUAAAAUGGUCUGAUUAUAUUAGGUAUUAUCUUUGGCCAUUUGGAAGUUUUGCUAAAAAGAAAAAGUAAAUUGAUUACUCUGUAGAAAAGAUUUACUAGCAUCUGGAUAUAAUUUAUAUAGUUAAGAAAUUAUUAGAGUUUGAAAAAGUUAAAUAAAUAUUGCUGAAUGAUGAUUAAAGGAAGCUCAUUUAAUUCUUCCCAAAACCUCUUAUUGAUGUAGAAGAAAUAAAAUAAGAAAAAAUGUAGGAAAAGAAAAUACGUCAAUCUCAAAAACUUAAAUAAAAGAAAUAAAAAGUAAAUUUACUAAAUGACCUUCAAAUAGAUGAAGAUUAAAGAGCUUAAGAAGCUCUUCAGUCACUUUAAAAUAUAAUAAAGCAACAAUAUUUAUCUGAGGUUGAUAAGAAAAUCAUAGAAAUGCUUGAUGAUUCAAUUUUUUAAAAUAUUUGUGGUAAUUAAGAAUGGUUUAAACAGUAAUAGAAUACAUAAGAAAUGAAAUUAAUCAAAUAGAUAGAUUAAGAUAACACCUAGACAUUAAGUAAUUAAAAUAUUAAUAAACUAGAUAGUAAUGACUCUUAAGUCUAAAAAAUUUAAAAUGAAUAAAAAGAUUUUCAAAGUUAUUUAAGUAAGUCUCUAGAUACUUCUUUUGAUAAAUAAAUGCCAAGCGAGGGAAGAAAAUCAUAAGAGUUUACAAGUUUACCUCAAAUAAAAAUAGAAAGCAAUUACCAAAAAUAUUAAUUAAAGGCAGCGGCAGGUAGAAGAAUGAUUAAUAUAUUUUCUAAACUUGAUUUUUAUGGAGUUGGACUGAGUUUGAGAUAUAAUGAAGAUUAGUACUUCUAAACAAAAUUUGGUGGUGUAAUUACCCUCAUAGUUGCAUUCCUAAUUGGAGUGCAAUUUAUUUUCAGCAUCAAAGAGGUGAUUGACAAGAAAAAUCCUGAAGUCAUAUAAUCUGAGUAAUACAAUCCUAAUCCAGAAAGAUUUGAUAUGAAAUAUGACACAUUCAAUUUUUGUAUUGGAGUAUAACACAGCGGAAACUAUUCUCAUUAUAUAGAUGAGAGUGUGUAUGAAGUCAUAGCAAAACAACAGAUAAUGCAAAGAGUAUUCAAUAAUUCUACAUAAUUAUAUGAAUAAAAAUACAUUUUUAUUGACAUUCCUAUGAAGCCUUGUACUCAUUCUAGCUUUGGAAUUGAAGAAACACAAGACUAUUUUUAGAAAUUACCUGGUGUAAAUAGAAUGUAUUGUUUGGAUAACGCACAAUAAGAUUUAUUUAUUUAAGGUAAUUAUGAUCAAAAUGAGUCAGGGAUAGUUACAAUUACAUUUUAAAAAUGCUCUAAUAAGGCAUAUUGUAGAUAAGAAGAUGAAAUAGAUAAAAUUUUAACUCAUUCAUUCGUUGCCUUUUACUCAACUGAUGUAAUCAUAGAUUCAAAAUAAUAUGAUGCCUUUUAAACAAUAGGACGUGAUUUAUUUUGGAACAUCUCUCCUACGGUGGCCAAAGACGCCUACAUUUUUUAUAGGAAUAUAUACAUUUAAAAUAAUGAAGGAUUUUUUUUUUCAGAAGUCAAUUAAUAAAGUACUACAACUUUUAGCUAUCAAUAAGAGCAGAUUAUUUUUGAUGAAAGCUCAUACUUCUUUACCCUUUAGUUGAGAAAUGAAAAAUAAAAGUAGACACUAAUCCAGAGAAACUAUAAGAAGAUUGAUAGACUUCUUGCUGAAAUUGGAGGCAUAGCUAAGGCACUUGUAAUGGUAGGCUGGGUGAUAUGUAUUCCUUUGAAUAGGCUCAUGCUAAACGAAAAGCUGAUGAACGAUUUAUUUAAUUUUUAGUAAAAGAGAGAUUUGAAGCUAAAGAAAAAAAAAUAGCAGAAAACUCAAGAUUAAAAUUCUGAUUCAAAAAAGUAAAUGCAAUACCUAUACAAUGACGCUAAAAUAAAAAUAGAUAAGGAUAAUAAUGCUUAAGAUUGCAACAAUAAAAUUUAAAAUUUGCAAAAAUAAAUAAAUUAAGAUGCUUUUCAUUCAAACAAUUCAAAUCAAAAAGAUUCAGCCCCACCAAAUUGUAAAACCCUUUCUAAUCAAUAAGAAAACUAGUAAGUAUAGACAAAAAAAGUUAAAAUAUUGAAUAAUUAGCUAAGUCUUGGGGCUUAAAAUGACCCAGACAAUUUAAAUGAUUAAUAAGACGAAGUUAAUAUUUAGCUGAGCUGGUAUUAGUAUAUAAGGUACUAUCUGUGGCCUUGGGGAGGAUUCAAAAAACUAAAAAAAUCAAUAGAAAAAACAGUUUCCUAAGUUCACCACCAUCUUGAUAUUAUUUAACUUGUUAGGUUUUAAUUAGAAUUUGAAAAAAUUAAACAAUUAUUAUUUGAUGAAGAUCAAAUAAAAUUGUUAUAGUUUCUACCUAAGCCAAUUAUCAACUUGGAUGAAAACAAAGACAAUAACAUAGACCCAAAGUACUCUUCAGCAGUUUCACUUGAAAAUAACUCUAUAUAUUAUAAAAAACAACAGUCUGAGUAAUAGAUAAAAAAUGAGGUUGAAAAAGCUUUAAAUAAUAUUGCAACCCCAAAAUACAACAGAAAAUACAAUUUUGAUCGCAAAUCUAGGAUUUUUAAAAAAAUAGAAACUAGCUAUUACAUUGACGAGAGUUGUGGUGAUGAUGUAAAUAGUGAAAAUAUUACAGUUCAACCUUGUAUAAACACUAUUUAUUAAAGUUUUCCAUAAAAAAGUCAUCCAUCACAACAAUAAUUAAAAGAAAGUUCAUUAGAUAAAAACGAAUUACAAAACUUUUCAAAUAUAUCAAAUAUUUACAAAGAAAAUCCUAAAUAAUGUUAAUUAAAUAAAAUUUAGUAAACAAAUAAAUCUUCAUCUGAAUUAUCUAUUUCUUUAUAGCUUGAUAACUCUCCUAGUAGCUGUUUGAAAUAAGUUAAUCUUGAUGGAUAAGUUAAUAAAUUACCACAAUUUAAAAAACUUUAUUUUUCUUCUUAAGAUAUUAUAUUUAAGAAAAAUCCUGAGGUAAUUUAGUCAGAAUAGUACUAACCUAAUCCAGAAUAAUUUGAUAUGAAGAAAGACACUUACAACUUUUCUAUCGGGGUCUAGUACCCAAAAAAUUGUAGCCACUUCAUAGAUGAAUCUAUCUAUGAAGUAUUUGCUCAACAAAUAACUAUGUCUAAAGUAAAAAGCAAUAUAACUGGAUAAUUUGAGUAAGUUUGGAAUUAUUAAGAAAUUCCUAUGAAACCAUGCAAAAAAGAAAAUUUUUAAUUAAAUAGCACGAGCUAGUAUUUUAAUAAUUUGCCUAACAUCGACUAAAUGUAUUGCUUAGCCGAUGAAAAUUAAGAUGUAUUCAUACAAGGAAACUUUGAUUAAGACACUUACGCUUUAAUUAGAAUAGAAUUUAGACCAUGUGUUGGUAAAUCUUACUGCAGAAAAUAUGAUGAAAUUAUUAAAAUUCUCACUUCCUCUUAUGUUGCAAUGUAUAUGUCUGAUGUUAUAGUUAAUCCUGGAGAUUUAAAUCCUUUUCAGCAUGUAGGAAAAGAUAUAUUUUGGAAUAACUCACCUCGAGUUUCAAGAGACAUUGAUAUAUAUUUUAGAAAUAUAGUUAUGUAGAGUGAUGAAGGUGCCUUAUUUACAGAUAUAGGAACUCUAAAAUCAACCUAAUAUAGCUAUUUUUAAGAAUCAAUUAUUUUUGAGGAACAAAACUAUUUUUUUUCGGUCUAAUUAAGAUUCGAAAAGUAAAAAUAAACAAAUUACGUGAGAAAAUACAAAAAAAUAGAUAGAUUACUUGCAGAAAUAGGAGGAAUAGCAAAAGCUUUAAUUAUGAUUGGAUUUUUUUUUAUUCACCCAAUCAAUUAAAUAUUGUUAAAGCAAAACAUAAUCAAUGAUUUAUUCAUUUUCUAGAAAUGUUCAGAAAAAAAUGAAUAGAAUGAAACAAAACUUGGAAAACUAAUUUAAUGUAAUAGUAAAGUAAAAAUAUAAAAGUCAAAAAAAGAGGAUAAUAAUUUAAAAGGAUAAUAAAAUUUAAAAAAGUAACCUUUGAAAUUCUUUAAAAAUUCAUCUUAAUUAAAUCCAUAAAAAAGUCCUCUUACAAUUAAUAUUUCUGUGAAUUAAGACUAAAAGUAAAGCUCGUAAUAAAUUUCACCUUAACGUAUUAUUGAUUUAAACCAAUUUCAAAUAAAUUAAGAUGCGAGUAACAAAAAUAAGAAUGCUACAGGCUUAAAUAAAAUAAUAAACCAUAACAAUACAAAUACAUAAUAUGAAUAAAAUUAAUUUCAAAAAUUUUAACUUACAUGGAGCUAAUAUAUUAAAUAUUAUCUGUACCCAUGGGGUGAAAUUUAAAGAGUGAAACAAUUUGUGGAAUAAACAACUAAAAUCUUCUAUUAACAUCUAGAUUUAGGAGAAAUUAUAAAAAAAUAAAUUGAAUUUGAAAAAAUAAAAUAGAUUUUACUUGAUAGCGAUUAGGUAAAAAUAUUGGAAUAUUUACCAAAGCCAACAUUAGAUAUGUCUUAAUUAUUAAAUCAAAAGAGUAUUAAUCUUUCCAUUAUUUAGAAAUCAAUUAUUCAGUAAAGCCCAAUCCUGUUAAACUAACAAGAAUAAAUUUAAGAAUAAUAAAAGAUUGAAGAUGUCAAAGUUGCUGUCACACAUUUAAAAAAGAAAUUAGAAAUCAACUAGAUUGAUAAAAAAUUAUUAAAAAUAAUAGAAAAUAAUGGCUUUUGUCAUUUAAAUAAUCAUGAAGGAUUAAAUGAGACUGGAGUAAAUAAUAAAUAGACUAAUUUUUAGUCGAAAUACUCUGAAUAAAAUUAAUUAGAUGCUUUACUUGAGAAUACUAUUCCAUCUCCAUGUCUAGAAAAUUUGGAUGAAGAUAAAUUUAAAUAGCUAAUUUACAAUUCUAAGAAUAAAAUAUAGUUUAAUACGAAUGGGAAAGUAAACUAAAAGUACUUAGCGGAUAAGUCUACUGAGCUUUAGAAAAGAAUCAUUGAUGAUCCAAAUCAAUUACAUGCAUUUCUCUCUUCGUCUUCCUGUGUUCUUGGAAUUGCAAAUCCAGAAAUCAGUGAGGAUGGUUAAAUAAAUAGUUUUCCAUAAACUAAUAGCUACAUAUCUUCAAAUAAAUAUAUUAAAAACUGA